CUUCAGCUAAUUCAGUUGCCGUUUAACGCCCGAGAUGCAAGUUGCACGGUUCGUGCUGUUUGUACUGCCCCUUACCACUCUUGCUUCGAGCAGACAGAUCGCUCAUAUCGGGCUCCUACGGCAGAAGAGCAUCGACUCCAAUGAUUUGGAAAAUAGAGGAAGCGAGCUUGUUGUAGAGAGUGGACGACUGAAGGAUUACGGGUUUGAUGCUACAGGUGGUCUGGAGAAAACGCCUCCUGGAAUUUCCGCAACAAAUGGAGUGCAGGAACCGAUUCUGGCGAAAACUGAGUUUGUCUACAAUGAAGGCAAGGACUUCCGGAGACCGGUUUCAUCUUCCGAUGAGUCUAUUGGUAGCGACGAGGAGUUUCAAGAAUACAAAGAAGCCGAACGUAAGCCAUUAUCACCACCGAUUGGGAGGACUAUCUUCUCCUUCGCCACGCGUCGCUUGGAAGGUGACGCUGAGAAGACAGACGACGAGAGACCCUCAGGAAAUAACAUCGGAGUUACACCUGGAGAGCACGAACCACAGAGGGAGGACGCUAACUCCGCACACAAAGAUGACAACGGCAACGUCGAUCGCCCGUCUCGCAAGCAAGACGGGGACUCGUCAACUGGCGGAAAUCUCGUCCGGAUCCGACGUGGUGUCUUCUCCGUGCCGGGCAUUAAGACGAUCCCGGAAGUGCUGGACAUGGGCCGUGGCAGGUGCAGAAAUCCGCACCGCCUGGGCCGCGGCCAGGUUUUCUGCCGCCCAGUGUGGUAGGCAGCUCUCAUGUUCUUUUAAUCUCUCGCACUCGUGUAUAGGUCGCCUUCCCCUGUUUGCCUUCCUUUCCUUUGCCCUCCUCUCUGUCUGCCCGAAACAGUAAUCCACUAACAGCCUCCCCCUCGCAUAUUCCUUACCCGAGCCCAACAUCUUGUUACAGCGAUACAAAUAAAGUCAGUUCAAAAAUCGUAUUUUUUCUACAUUUAAUAAAUCUAGCCACGAAUAGCUUAAAAUCGCAUGGGUCCCUAUUCAGCGAAAUGUACUCAUAUUUUUUAACUGUAUUAUUUU